AUGCGUCCUGUUCUUGCGCUACCCCUGGUCGUCCUGGCCACCCUGGUGGCCCAGUCGUCGCCCGCGACCACGACCUCUGACCCCACGACAACGACCACCACUACCACGACCAGCACAACCACGGCCGCCCCCACCACGACCACCGAGUCCUCAGAGAAGAAGAGGAAGGAGGAGCGCAGGCGGAGGGAGGAGGCUCGCAAGAGAAGGGAAGAGCGCAGGAAGAGGGAGGAGGAGCGCUGGAAGAGGGAGGAGGAGCGCCGAACCCGGAACCGCGGGAGUGGCCGCCAGUUCAGAGGUGUCCGUCGUAUCACAAGGCGAUUCCGCGUUCGUGAGCGCCGCUUUAGACGCUACUAA